AUGCAAGUAAAGAUCGAGUUCAGUGGCGGAUGUGAAUUACUAUUUGAUAAUAAAACCUCAUUGACAAUUGACAAUUUGGAGGAAGGGACAACAAUGCAACAAUUAAUUUUGUUGUUGAAAGACAAAUAUUUAAAGGAGAAACCAGAAUUAUUUAUGAAUAAUGAGAAUACAUCAAUUCGGCCUGGUAUUUUAGUGAUUAUUAAUGACACCGAUUGGGAGCUAGUUGAUGAAUUGCAAUAUAAACUUCAAGACAAGGAUAACGUUGUAUUUAUUUCAACUCUACAUGGAGGAUAA